AUGGAUUCCAGCGAAUUUCCAGGAUCUUUGGACCCCUUGUCCUUGCCUGACAAACCGCUUAUUGGUGAUCUUCGUGAUCUCCUGGGCUCCCAAACAGCUUCUACCGACGAAGUUUCAGUUCUUCAGCCCCCUGACUGGGAUCAAUCCAAGCAGAUGACUGCAGAUGGGGACUUGGGCCUUCUAGUGAAAGCAGACAGCCUGUCUGAACUAAACAAAUCAAACAACCUCAUUCUAGAUAAACCUACUGUCUUAGAUAUGCUGGAGAAACCUGAUGUCUUAGGUGACUCGGAUAAAACUGCUGACUUGGUAGAGCUGGAUAAAUCGGAGGGUCUGGAUGGGCUGUAUAAGGUACAUCCUUCCCAGGAAGUGGAGGAGGGACCGACAGACUCCUCUGCCCUCUCUAGGGAAGCCCUUGUUCCAGAAACGUGGAAAGAAGGGGAAGAUGCACCAAGAAGUGAUUCUGGGGAUGUAAAGGAAGAUGGUGCUGCUGCUAUUCCUGCACUGUCUGAUGACAACACCCCUGAAUCACCCCGACAGUCUCUUCCUGACUCUGGGAACCUCAGCAGUGCCCCAGCCAUGGAAGAAGUCACAGAACAAUCCUCAAGUCUGCCAAUGGCCCCCUCCCAACCCAAUCUUAAACAGACAAAGAAGACAAGGUUGAAGGCACCAAGGAAAAGCUCACCCGUGCAGAAGGAAGGGCUAACAGGGGUGUCAGAGGUGGAAUUGAACAUGGACAACAGAACUGCAGCUUUGCCCCCUGAGCCCAUAGAGGAAAACCAGGCAGAGGAAGGGGAUAAUAGUGGGAACAACUCACUUAAAGAAAGUAGUGUACUGAAAGCACAGGAAGCCUCGUCACCGGCAGGAGAAGGCCUGUCUGGGAAGGGAAGCGAGCUGCCAGCUGAGAAGGAGCAGAAAAGAAGUGAACGAGCCAGAAGAUCAGAAGCUGCCAGGCCUGAAACUGUGAACUCCUCUGAGAGCAUUCCAGUCUCUGACGAAGACUCUGAUGCCAUGGUGGAUGAUCCCAAUGAUGAGGAUUUUGUUCCUUUUCGUCCCCGCCGCUCAACUCGCAUGUCGUUACGCACUCAGCUGGCGCAGCGAGCUGCCCGCUCCACCGUCACCAAGAUGACUUGUGCCAACUGCCGGACGCCGCUGCAGAAGGGCCAGACUGCCUACCAGCGGAAAGGGCUCCCUCAGCUCUUCUGCUCCAGCUCCUGUCUCACCACCUUCUCCAAAAAACCACCUGGCAAGAAGAUAUGCACCUUCUGUAAAAAGGAGAUCUGGAACACCAAGGACUCUGUGGUUGCCCAGAUUGGUUCAGGCGCCUCUUUCCAUGAGUUCUGCACAUCUGUCUGCCUCUCCCUCUAUGAGGCCCAGCAGCACAGACCAGCACCUCAGUCUGCAGAUGUAUUGGACACCAGCCGCUGCAGUGUCUGCUACAAACCUGGCGAGAUCCAGCAUGAGGUCAGCAAUGGGAGUGUGGUUCACCGCAUCUGCAGUGAUGCCUGCUUCACCAAGUUCCGGGCCACCAAGGGGCUGAAAACCAACUGCUGUGAUAACUGUGGACUUUACAUCUACAACAAGGGCUUGCCGCUGGAGUACCUCUUCCACGAAGGCCAGCAAAAACGCUUCUGCAACUCUGCCUGUCUCAACAGUUAUAAGAAGAAGAACACUCGGGUCUACCCGUGCAUGUGGUGCAAGACGCUGUGCAAGAACUUUGACAUGCUGCCCAACGUGGAUCGCAGUGGCAAGAUGGGCCUGUUUUGUUCCAUUUGCUGCACUACCUCCCACAAAGUGAAGCAGUCAGGCUUGGUUGGUGCCCCUAGACCCUGCAGCUUCUGCAGAAAGAGUUUAUCUGAACCCUGCUAUUACAACAAGACAGACCGGGUUGUCUACCAGUUCUGCAGCCCCAGCUGCUGGACCAAAUUCCAGCGCACCAGCCCGGAAGGUGGGAUCCACCUCAACUGCCACUACUGCCACAAUCUUUUCAGUGGGAAGCCGGAGAUCCUAGACUGGCAGGACAAGGUGUAUCAGUUCUGUUGCAAGGACUGCUGCGAGGACUUCAAGCGGCUGCGUGGGGUGGUGUCUCAGUGUGAGCACUGCAAGCAGGAGAAGCUGCUGCAUGAGAAGAUCCGCUUCUCUGGAGUGGAGAAAAACUUCUGCAGCGAAGGGUGUGUGCUUCUUUACAAACAGGAUUUCACCAAGAACCUGGGCCUGUGCUGCAUCACGUGCACCUACUGUUCUCAGACCUGCCAGCGGGCGGUCACCGAGCAGCUGGAGGGCAGUACCUGGGACUUCUGUAGUGAAGACUGCAAAAGCAAAUACUUGCUCUGGUACUUCAAGGCAGCUCGGUGCCCUGCCUGCAACCAGUGGUUGCCUAAAACCAUUCAUUCCUGUGACCCAGUGGCUGCUGCCAAUCCAGUGAUCCUGGGAGUGUUUGCUGACGAUAAAAGUGGCCAUUCAUUUGCUGGUCAGACUUCAGAGCCAAAGCCACCUGCUCCUUCCCCACAGAAGGCAGAGACUAACACGCUCUCAGCAAAGGCCUCCUCAGCCCAGAUGUCUCCAGCUGCACCACCACCCCCCGCCCCUGUGCUUCCAGCCACCCCUCGGAAAAACAAAGCUGCCAUGUGUAAACCACUGAUGCAGAACCGGGGCGUUUCCUGCAAGAUAGAAAUGAAGUCCAAAGGAUGUCAAACAGAGGCUGACUGGAAGCCCCAGGUGAUUGUGUUGCCAAUCCCCGUCCCGAUCUUCGUGCCUGUGCCUAUGCAUAUGUACUGCCAGAAAGUACCUGUGCCUUUCUCCAUGCCUGUCCCGGUACCUGUGCCAAUGUUCCUGCCCACCACGCUGGAGAACACAGAUAAGAUUGUGGAGACUAUUGAGGAGCUGAAGGUGAAGAUCCCCUCCAAUCCCCUGGAGGCUGACAUCCUAGCCAUGGCUGAAAUGAUUGCAGAGGCUGAGGAACUGGACAAGGCCUCCUCAGACCUGUGCGACCUGGUGAGUAACCAAAGUGCAGAGGGUCUCCUGGAGGACUGUGAUCUGUUUGGACCAGCACGGGACGAUGUGUUGGCUAUGGCUGUCAAGAUGGCAAAUGUUCUCGAUGAGCCGGGCCAGGACCUGGAGGCUGACUUCCCUAAGAACCCUCUAGACAUCAACCCCAGUGUGGACUUUCUAUUUGACUGUGGACUGGUGGGACCAGAUGAUGUGUCCACAGAGCAAGAUCUGCCUCGUGCUGUCCGAAAGGGGCAGAAGCGUCUGGUGCUCUCUGAAAGCUGUUCCCGGGACUCAAUGAGCAGCCAGCCCAGCUGCACGGUGCUGAACUACUCGUACGGUGUGAAUGCCUGGAAGUCCUGGGUACAAGCCAAGUAUGCAGGGGGAGAGACGAGCAAGGGAGAGGAGCUGCGCUUUGGCCCCAAGCCCAUGAGGAUCAAGGAAGAUAUCUUGGCCUGCACAGCAGCUGAGCUCAACUAUGGCCUGGCCCAGUUUGUCAAGGAGAUAACACGGCCCAAUGGGGAGCGCUAUGAACCGGACAGCAUCUAUUACCUCUGCCUUGGCAUUCAGCAGUACCUGCUCGAGAACAAUCGUAUGGUGAAUAUAUUUACAGACCUUUACUACCUGACCUUCGUGCAGGAGCUGAACAAGUCCCUGAGUGGCUGGCAACCCACGAUCUUACCAAAUAACGCAGUUUUCUCACGUGUUGAGGAGGAACACCUCUGGGAGUGCAAGCAGCUGGGUGUUUACUCACCCUUUGUGCUCCUCAACACCCUCAUGUUCUUCAACACCAAGUUCUUCGGGCUGCAGACAGCAGAGGAGCACAUGCAGCUCUCCUUCACCAACGUGGUGCGCCAGUCCCGCAAGUGCACCACGGCACGUGGCAUGUCAAAGGUGGUGAGCAUCCGCUACUAUGCUCCUGCCAAGCAGAAGAAAGGCCGAGAUGGUAGCUCUGGAAAGCGGAAACGUGAAGAGGAGGUACCGAUGCUGGAGCAGCGGGAGAACAGGAUGAACCCACUUCGAUGCCCAGUCAAGUUCUAUGAGUUUUACCUCUCCAAAUGUCCCGAGAGCCUGCGGACCCGCAACGAUGUCUUCUACCUACAGCCCGAACGGUCGUGCAUCGCAGAGUCCCCGCUCUGGUACUCGGUCAUCCCCAUGGACCGGCGCAUGCUGGACAUCUUGGUCGUGAGGGAGAUCUAUGAGGAGCACAGUCGUCUCAGUGGUCUGGAGGAUGACAUGGACUAA